AUGACCUAUGGAAGAUACAGGUACGUACGCGAGGUUUUACAAUGUUUACAAACGGUAUUUCAGAACUGAUGUCGCAACACUUUACGAUGUCUUUUGCGAAAUUGGAGCUCCGAAAGCCGGCGAGAAGCUUGCACCCCUCCGUCUUCAGUAUCCCGAUGAUUUUCACGAUCCGGCAAUUGUGAAAAGCAUUCGCCAGUUUGCUUUCCCGUGUCAACUACGAGAGUAAGUGACCUUCCUUGAGCAAACACUUAUUCGACCAGUGCCUUUUUAUUAAAAAAUCAAUUCUUCAGAGUUGAGAUCGACGCCGUACAAUUGUUCAGUUUCGUUCUCACGGAUUCCAACUCAAAAUUCUCCUUUGGAUUCUGUCGUUACACUCCAAGAACAGAUACGUGCAUUUGCUUCCUAAGGUUAGUUAUGACUUUGUCAUUCGUCCGUCGAUCACUUUUUUAAAAGUCCAAAGGUUUUGUUUUGCAAAUUGCCCUCGUUUUCCUGCCUAAUGGCUCGAAAAUUGAUUGGAAAACGCCGAUGUAUCAAAUUUCUCUGCUUCGCUGUUAUAAGCAAACUCGGUCGCUUAUGAAGCGAUGAAGAGAACCCUCAAAAUUGCACACUCUUGUGGGAAAGUCGAAAAAAGUUUGGUUUGCACGUGCACCAGACAUCAGAUCAGUUUUGCGAAGACGUUGAGUGCCUGAAGCGGUUGCUUCAAGCACUUUUGAUUAAAAAGCACUCGUGGAAAGGAAAUGUGCAAAUUCUGGCAAUCUACGUUGCUUUAAAUUAGUGCAAAAACCAAGUUUUUCGUGUUGAGCCGCGUGCGAUACUUCAAAUCCAGCAGACGCCAAAAUUGCAAAGAUCUAGUGAAAUCAACAGGGACGGGAAUAGAAUUGAAGAAAUCAGACAUUUUUUCAGUGGAUUCUUCUGGCCGAAUGUGUUUUUCAAAGCGCUCAACGACAUUUCACUGGUUAUCGGGUCCGCUCAGAAAGAAGAUGUCGAGUCGGUGCUCACCAAAUUCUACCACACUGACAUUCCGAACAUUGACGAGUAUCUACGAUUCGCCGACAGCAACCAGAAGGAGGGAGUGAGUGAAAAACCCCCAGCUGACAGAAAAAAAAACCAAUUUUUUGCAGCACAACUACCGCAUAGUGUUUGCCGAGAAGAUUCCGGACCACACGAGACUGCCGACGCUGGGGACGGACAAAUACUUUCUCGAGUUCUACAAUGCCAUCGAUCCCCGUCAGAUGCUUGCCAUCUUUGCCAGUUUACUGAAAGAGCGGCGCAUUCUGUUCACCGGUCGCAAAGUCAGCACUUUGAGCUCUUGCCUUCAUGCCGUCUCGAUGCUUCUCUAUCCAAUGUGCUGGUGAGUGAUUUGUGGGCUGUUUGUGAGAGUGCGGUGUGCCCGCAAAUCGUAGUGUAUCACAUUCUCUUUUCUUAUCAGUUCUGAUUUUGACUAUAAAACGCGUUUGUCACGGAUAAAGUGCAAAAAACGAAACGACCCCUAUUAUAUAUAUUUUUAGCUGCUAAGCAAUUCCCUUAGGGUUCAAAGAAAACUGGGAAUAUUGAAGAAAACAAAGGGAUUUCUUUCCAGGCAAUCUGUCUUCAUCACGAUCCUUCCGGAGUCGUUGAUUGACAUGGUCAUGGCGCCGAUGCCUUACUUGAUUGGAGUACCAAAGACGGUUUUGGACAAUGCGGUACGCUUAGGUUUGUCAUGGAAUCGUCACUAUCUUUUAGUUUCAGAGACUGAAUGUGCGAGACAUUGGCGAAGUGGUCAUCGUGGACAUUGACGAAAAGACACUGACGAGUCCGUUUGAUGACGUGGCGGCAAUGCCUCCGGAAGUGACGGCCUACUUGAAGCAUCAACUGCGUGGACAGUCGGCUAUGGAUGACACGUUUGCGAAGAUCUUUCUAAGGGCCAUAGUCUUCCUUUUUGGCGACUACACCAGCGGACUAACCGGCGAGACUCCCGAAACAAUGAAAUGGUCCAAGGAACGAUUCUUGGCGCAGCAGAGACCCUCCUAUCUGCCGUACCUUUCUUCACUGCUCGGAACAGACGGCGUUCAGUAUCUCGAAAGAGUGCGUACAAAGAAAUCUGCGCGAUCACGACAAAUUAUCAUAUUUCAGUUUAUUCACGAUCGUUUGGAGUUGCUGAAAGAAGGACAUGUGCCCGGCGAUCAAUUUGAGAUGGAAAUCGAGGAGAUGGAUCUGAAGAACCGACCGGUAAGAAUCAAAGCUCUCGAUUCCUAGAACUAUGGACAUGCCAUCUGAAAAAUAACCAUUCAGAGAGAAAUUGUGGAGCCAGUGGUGCACACCACGAUGCAAUCAGUAAGAGCCAUGUUGUGUGACAGAACGUGUUCUCUCUCGAAUGUUUCUUGUGCAAAUUGUGAUCGUUUUUCACGUUCUGAAGAGUUUUGAGUUUCUUUCUAUGCAUGAAAAUACCGAUUUCUGUGUCGAAAAUCGCACAAAACAUCGAAAUAUCAUUAUUUUCAGGUCAAAGAAAACGCCAGUGACGUGAUUGGAGUGCUGAAGACGUCGGGAAUCCAGAUUGCGAACCGCCUGCAACGCCUAACGCCGCGCGAGAUCCGCAAAGCUGCAGCGAAGAAAAAAGCCAACCACAAUGGAUUCGAUCACGCGCCCAUGUCUUUCGAUAACCUCCAAUGGGAAACCACGGUGAGCUCAUGAAUUAGUCGGAAAAACAAAUUGUAUCUUGUUUAAGAGAAGUGAGGAAUACGAUGAGUCGCCGAUCGAAGUGGCUCGUGACAAAGUGCCGGUGGCCAAUCUGAUUGAUUUCGAUGAACCAGCUACGAGUUCCGCUGGACUGACCCGUGCCGACGAGGAGUUUUUACUAAGACCCGCAGAUCUUCCGAAAAGCACUCGAACGUGAGUAUUAUCUCAAUCUCAGAGCGGUUUUAAAAAUCAAAAUUUGCAGAUCGCCGUCGGUCCCUCUCGAGGUGGUCAAUGUGUUUGCGGAUCCGUUUGCCACGUCGCCCGAUGGCCCAGCACCACCUUUACCAUUGCGUCCGCCGCCGCAGCUGCACCCUAGAAUUAGCAUCCCCGUCCCUUCUCAUGCCCCAUUUCCGGCGAGCGGCUCUUCGGCACCACAUCUACUCAAUUUCCAACAAGGACACCAGUGGAGCAAGAUGGGCGCUACUGGUCAGGUGGUCAGAAAUCCAAACGAGACGGAUUGGUAUUCUCCUCCUCCUCCGCCGCCACCUCGUCCUUCAUCAGUGGGGCCGUCGUUGUCUGGACAACGAACAAACGCCGUUUUCGCGGUUAACCCGGCUCCACCACCGCCGCUACCGGCUCGAAGCAAGUGGGAAACAUUCGAAUAGAUAUUUUACGUGCCCCCUCGCUUCUCCCCCUCCCCCGUUUGCCGAGUUCCCUUCGAGCCCUUUUGUUUAUCAUAUUCUCUUCAUUGUAUAUCUUUCAACAUAACAGUUUAUUCAUAACGCUCCCCGUCCCCCGUGGCAAGUCAUAAUGGUCAUUUUAGUCAUUCUCAUCUGUGAAACUUUUCCCCCUCUUCUAGUUACACGAACAUCUCAACGUGGAUCGACUUUGAAUGCUGGCAUUCACUCUGAUGUAAAUAACAAACUUUGCGAAAAGAUAUAUAUAUUGAUUAUGGAAAAAAAAUCUGUACAUUGCGAUUUCCGAAUGGUCCCCGGUGUUCUCUCCAAAGCACUACAUGCUCGGGCGCAACCCCCCCCCCCUAUCAUCUUCCUCUAUUUUAUUCCAUUUUUAUCGCUUCGCUCGAUGUGUGCCAACCAUCUAAAAUGGAAAAAUGCAAGGAUUGAUAACAAAGGCCAUGAAUAUAUAUCGUACAUAUGUGCUCGUUGACGCCCUUAUCUUUUAUCAUGCAAAUUUUUGCGCGUCACAUUCAUAGUUCAGCUCCGGCUCAACUCAGCGAGAAGCACAUGAUCAAAGGACGUUGUUUUCCAUAUUUUCCGAUAUCUCGUGCGCAUAACAGAGCACGCCUCUAAUUAGACUUCUUCGGACUAGACACCUUCCGUUUCCUCUGUGUCACGAAGCCCACUGUGCUUGAAGCAAGCGGUGACUAAUUGUCACCCGUUGUUUCGGAGUGUCCUUGGAAGGAGAGAGGGCCCUCGGUGGUUGGCCGUCGGAGGGCACACAAAGCAGGGUUUUCUCUUGCACCGCCACGCUAUUUCCUGCCGCCCGCAGAACGACGAUUGCCUGCCCUCUUCGCCGGGCACAGCGUCGCGGUUGGCUGAUGCUGCCACGAGGCUUUCGCCUUCACCUCCCUCGCUCGCUGACGCCCAAUACUCUCUCGCCUCUCUUUUCUCCUCUAUCUCUCUUUUUCUCCGCUCGCGGCAGCCGAUCGACAGUGCCGGCCAUUCGAUGUUCCUGUGGGCCCGCCGGUCGGUCGCUCGCUCUGCUCUUUCCUCUCCGUAUACAUUUUGCUCGUCGAUUGCAUUAUUUGCAGGCUUCUGCUCGUGUUCACCCUUCAAAUCUCGAGGUCUCGAAACAUGCCAAGCGCCAGUGCCAAAAGACGUCGGAACGCCUCCGUGGCUCGCGCCGCUCCCGACGCUCAGGAAACUCUGGAAGCUCAGGAAGACGGAAGUGCCGAUGCCGGACCGGAGAUUGUCGAUCCCGCUCAAGUACGUUACCUCCGUUUUUCUGCACGUGGUCGUUUCUAAUGAAUGUUGUGUGGUUGUAAAUCCAUUUGGACACGCACACGAUCAGAAAAACUGAAAAAUAAGUACUUUUGUAUUUCAUUUCAAGUCUAAAGGUAGCUGUGGUGGUAUCAGUGGUCUCACGAGACAUCUCGCGUCGUCGGCGACUUGAACCGCUUUGUUCGCGUCAAACCGUCACUCUCGCGUUAUCAAUUAUAGAAAGAAUAACGGUUCUUUGUCAGUUGAACUGAUUAGCUUUUUGACUGCCUAUCGGGUGUGACGUUUUUCGAUUCAACGCAGAGCACUUAGACUGCUUCGAGCAAUGUCUCUGUGCACUCCGACCUGGUUGUUUAGCUCGCAUUCGCUCCGGAAAGAUACGAAAGAAGUGCAUACAGGAAACAUAGACUGAGAUAGUAUUGAGAUAUACUGCUGCAAAAAACACUUAUCGAAUAGAGCACUUUACCGAGUCAAACCAGUUUUCAUUCCAGGAGGGAUACCGUGUUGGCGAUCUUGUCGUAACGGCGGACAAGUAUGUCGUGCGACUGCUCAAGUUCAAAGGCGGAAUGAAGAAGAUGUGGGAAGUGUUCUACCUCAACCAUGUUCAAGAUAAAGAGGCUUACAAAAGUCAAGAUGUAAGCACUCUUAUUUUCUACAAUCAUGAUCACCCGGCUUUGUGUCAAGAGUAGGAGCGAAGCUCAGCAAGCCGUAAUACCAUAACAAUAUAAACGAAAUAGAUUGUUACAGACGUUUGUUUCCCUCCACUCGGAAGACGUGAUCCAAUUUAAAGGGAUUUACGUGCAGGUCAAGGAAAGAGCGCUGGCCGAGGGAAAGGAGAAGCUGCGGGAGCUGCAGUCUGAUUGGGUGAGACUUUGUUAUCAAAAUUUAUGUAUGUAAUCAAUAGUGUUCAGGGAUCGCGCGGAGGCCGCAAAAAUGCUCCUUACGUGGAACGAUCAGCUGCCGCUCAGCGAGACAUCCUAGCUGCAGCUCCCGACGGUAUCGACUGGACAACGCCGGUCGCGCCGAUCAACGGGAAUGUAGGACAAAUUCGUUCUUCCGUGAGAAAUAGAGCUGCUAAUCGCGGGGUCCCCCAGGACCGUUCUCGAUCGCCGGUCACGCCGAUCAACAGGCGUGUCGGACGAAUGCGUUCUUCGGGCAGAAGCGGAAUCGCCAAUCGCGUGACGGAAGACCGCUCUCGCUCGCCGAUCGCGCCGAUCAACGGGAAUAUCGGAAUAGGCAAUCGUGUCGCCCAGGAACGCUCUCGCUCGCCGGUCGUCCGCUCGCCAUUGCCAGGAGAAUGCCAAGAGAUUGGGCGCGUCGAAGAGGGCCUCUUCGCUCGCUUGCAGCUUCAAGCUGAAAGACCGACCGGAUUGCGCCGUUUCACACCGGCUCCGGUGGGACCGUCUGCGAAUGUGUGGCAAGCCGGGCUCGGCCAAGAGGACCGCUUCGCUCGCUUCGACAGUAGACAGUUCGGACUCGAUCGUUCCGGUGAGCACUCGCUGGCUCAGGCAGGACCUGCGGCUGGAAGUUCCGGAAGUUUCGGAUGGUUGAGCGGGAUUCGUGACGCGCGAAAGCGUGGCCGCUCGGAAAAUGACGAAGAGGAGGCGCCAGUCACCCGCCAGCCACGCAUCACGGACAAUCGCAUUCAAAAUGAUGGCCAAACCUGGGGCCUCAUGGACUACGUCAAGGCGCCAUUCGUAAGACUACAGACAGUAUUCAAUUGGAACGAGUGUUUUUUUUUAGAACUGGCUCUUCGGACGCAAGCCCCAGUAA